AUGAAAGAAAUGAAAUCAAAGUCACAAAAGUUAGGUUUAUUACACAAUACAAUAAAUACUACGAUUGUUUCGUCUGACCGUUUGCUCAAGACUGAUAUUAAAUUAAAAAAAAUAAUCCAACAAAAAUCAAUCUAUUCUAAUGUAAAAAAAAGAAACCUACAACCAUUAUUAGAUCUAUCGAUUCAACACAAUUCAUCUACUGAUAAACUUUUAUUAAAUUUGAAAUCAAAAAAAUUAAAAACACAGUUACACUCAACUAUUUCCAAUGAUCGUGUUCCUGUCGUAUCACAUUUAAUCACUCCAUCGCUUUUGAAGACUCCAACAAACGAUGAACAUUCUAUUUUCUCUAUUUCAACUAUGAACUUUUCCAUUGAUUCAGAACAAAUACCUAUCAAAGACAAAUUUCAAUAUGAUUCUCAAAGAGACUCACAAAUUAAUGAAUUUCUUUAUCGAAAAGAUCGAACAACUCGUUCAAUCACAUCAUCUGCUUCAUCACCAAAAAAUUCAUAUGAUGAACCGUCGUUAGCUUUUGAUACAUUAAUAAUUGGUAAAUUAUACAUUCUUAAUGACAUAUAUCCAUCAAUUGAAUAUGAAAAUAUGAAUGGAAUUCCACUAGCUUUUCUUGGUGCGGAAAAAUUAUUAGGUACCCGUGUCGAUUGGACUAAAGUUCAAUACCCAUUAUCAUCCUAUCAUAUUGAAAUAAUCAUUGAUCUUCUUAUUGUACGACCUUCAUUUAUCAGAGAAAUACCUAAAGUAACUACAUUUAAUCUUUAUCGACCAUUGAUUAAAACAGUGUCAGGUCAUUUAUUUUUUGAUCAUGGAGAAAAUAAAGCUGGAAUACAUCAAUGUGGUCGAAAACAAAUAAAUCGUAAAUUUAUGAUUCGUGAUUUAGCUUCUAUUCAUCAACGUGAAUUUCAUAUAAUUAAUUAUAAUGCAAUAUAUGAACAACGUUUUAUUAAUUUAUAUGAAAAUCUUUUUCAUGUUUAUCAUUAUCAAACAAAAUCAACUGAAUGGAAAACAUAUCUGAUAAAGACACAAUGUCCAAUAAAUAAAUUAGUUGAAAUAUCUGGUAUGCCAUCAGAUAAUGUUAAAAAACUUUCAAUCAAACAUUUCCUCUCCUAA